CUUCAUUCCAUGGUUCCGGUUGCUGUCAACUUGGCGCAAAAUUCUACAUGCAGAUAAAAAAGAUGGUAAGUUAUGGAUGUAGAUGACGUGGACUUUGUUCCGCCCUCUCCUAUACCAGAGUCCAGCCAGCGUUUAAAUCCAUUCUCUCAAAGUCAGCACGCCUCUCGGAGCUCAACAGAUGUAAGCACUUCUCAGCAAGCAGCUCCUCGGGGGAGAGCUCCCAGCAUCAGGCAGCCUCUGUUUACCUCCACACAGCUGCCUGGCAGCAGUGAACGGCUGCCACCACUGCCUCAACUGCCAAAUAUUGACUUAGACUUAAAUGAUGAGCCUGUCGGAGCCUCCAAUACAAGUGACUCCAGACUAAAUCCAGACAGACUUGGCAGCUGGUUGGUCAGAUCUCCGUCAGUAAGUCGUGUGGAAGAUGCUGGAACUUCUACUGCUCAGGCUGAAGGAGCUGACAACAGUAGGGACAGGCCCCCGUCACCAGACGUCAUCUCUAUAACUGAGGGGGACAGUGAUGUUGAACAAGUGCAGGAUUCUGACUCUGAUAUUGAAGUCGUACAACUGGAUGUGGCCGAGGACAGCAACAAUGAGUCAGAGUCUGAGAUCAUGCAGAUUGCCGGGUCCCCAGAGGAGCUACAUGUGCUGGGGGGUGAACGGCCUGCCACACCCACUCCUGACCCCACCUCCCCUCCCGCUACCAUGGACUCACAGUUGCAGGGUGCCACAGGGGUGACAGAGGGUCUCAGUGGCUCUUAUACUAGACCAAUUGCUGCAGCUCCAGCUGGACCUUUGAUAACUGCCUCAAUGCCAGGAGCACUAGCUUCUACAGUACAGGCUUCUGGCAGCCACAUGUACCCAGUGGUGAGUCUGAUCCAGAUGACGUCACCAAGGGAUUUCCGCAGUCCAAAGAGGAAGAGAGUAGCCUCCCCUGAACCUGCUGCUGCUACAACUAAUAAGGGAGAUAAUUGUGAUGAGGAGGAAGAGGGAGAUAGUUGUCCUAUAUGCUUUGAUCAAUGGACAACAUCAGGAAACCACAGACUGUGUUCACUGAGAUGUGGCCACCUGUUUGGCCAGAGCUGUAUAGAGAAGUGGUUGAGGGGGCAGGGGGGAAAAUGUCCACACUGUAACGCCAAGGCCAAGAGACAGGACAUCAGGGUCCUCUAUGCCAAAACUAUCAAGGCCCUGGACACAACGGAGAGAGAUCGCGCCCUCCAGGACUUGGAGAAAGAGCGUGAGGUUCGCCGGAGGGUUGAAAUGGAAGGGGCCCAGUUAAGGCUUCAAUUUCAGACAGCCACAAAGGAGAAUAACACGCUGCGGGAAGAGUUAAAUAGGCUUAAAUACCAGCUUAAACAUUCCAGUGGUGGUUCAGGGUUGAGUCAAGUUAUGGCAGGAUCAUCAGACUCCAAAUCUUUUGUACAGUCACACCUGGCGGGCCAGUUUAUACUGGAUAAGACAAUCAAGAUAUGGGAUGCUGGUCAGUGCCGGGUGAUGGCCUACAGUCCCUCUAUGGCCACACUUGUGGUCUCCUCACCUUCAUCUAGUCCACUGUUUCCAGGGUAUGGGGUCAAAAAGAUAAGUAGUCUAGACUUCAAGACAUCACAGUACCUGACGAUCCACUCGAAGCCCAUCCGUGACCUGGCAUUCCAUCCUGCGGUGGAGGACGGCAUGUUGCUCUCAUGUGGCCUUGAUAAGAAAGUGAAGAUGACCAGUCUGAUCAGUAAUGCUGUCGUACAGUCCUUUGACACAGACACGCCAGCCUGGAGUUGUGUGUGGAAUAGCCAGGACAGUAACUAUUUCUACACUGGGCUGUGUAACGGGCUCGUGCUGGAGUUUGAUGUGCGUAACACAGAUGGCCCUGUCUCCGAGUUGAACACUGAGGGGAGCAGGUCGCCCGUCGCAUCUCUGCAGUUCUUGAGGAGUGAUCUUGGAUCAGACUUCAGGCCAGGAGGUUUACUGAUUGGACAGAUGGACAAGGUGUCAUUCUUUGAGUGGUUGCCAAGCAACCAAAGAAGACUCCACCUUCUGCCACUAGAGGGCACCUUAACUAGCCUCCAUAUUGAAGAGCAGACAAGACAUUUGUUAGCUUCCUACAGACCGACAGCAAAACACCCAACUGUGAGACACUGUCUGUGUGAAAUGAUCAGCCAGAACAUUAGUACAGACCCGACUGUUGUGGAUAAUGUGUGUAGUUGUCAAGUCGUGCACACAUUCUACGGGGGUAGGACCCAGAGCGUGUUAUCGAGAUCUGGGAUAUUGCGGCACCCCGGGGACGGAAACAGGCUUCUUGUAUGCGCUGGGGAUGAGACUAACAACAGUGCUCACAUUUGGGAUACAGGCACUGGACAGCUGACCCAGCGACUACUGACCGGUGGUAUUGUGGUGGACACAUGCGCCUUCCAGGUGAACAAUACCACAUACCUGGCCGCCCUUACAGACAAGCUGUGUAAAGUGUACAAGUGGUCUGGUUGACAGCGGAACAGGGUUCAUCAUACUGGUUAAGUAUUUUUAUAAAGACUCGGAGUGCUGUUAACACAGUCUAUCAUGAGUGAUUAUGAUGCAGGUUCAGUCAGAAAACAUGCCGAUUUUGAUAGUCCCUAGUGGAUUGGAUAGGAAUGUUUCAACUCGAUACAGGACUCAGCGACUGAUUGACUUGUUUACAAUACUACACACUUAGCAGCAAUGACUGGCUAGUUGUUAAAGGUACAUUCGUACAAAUGUGGUCAGGAUCAGGAAAGCCAUAGAUGACGUUGGUUCAGCUUGGAAUGAGAGUGCCAUUGCCAACAUUCUUCAAUGACAGGGUUGGGUUGCAUAUUACCAGGCAGUGUUCAGAGAUCAGAUUUGAGAGGCAGGGAAUGCACAUUAUAUGAGUUCAAAGAGAGCGAAUAUUUAUGGAUCAAAUUUUAAACUUCAGGCUGUUGUGAUAACCUCGAUGUUGUUAAAGUCAUGCAAAAAGUUUAACAUUGGUCAUACUUUUAAAACCUUUGAAUAUAUUCAAAUGAAACUUGGUACACAUGUUGCCAGAAAAAAUAGACACAUGUAGAACAAGGCCCAAAACUAUUUGUAUUGUAAUGUGGAGUUAUGCCCCUUUUUUGACAAAAUAUAGCUACAAACGAGUGUUGGCCUUUGCUCCACGACACUCAUGUUAUAUACGUUCAUGCACUAUGAAUUCUCGUGUGUGAACGAGCAUGUCCAUUUAAUUUUCUGUGCUAGAAAUAAAAUUGCAUAAUGAAGUUACUGCAUCCGAUAAAUUGCAUGUGUAUAUGCACUUGUUAUUUAGUAUUCACUGGACAGAAAAUAAUGGAUUUUUAUCACGAACUGUGAUAUAUGUAUAUAAACAACCUAGGUCUUUCUGAUUCAUGGUUCCAUUGUUAAUUUGUUGAUUAAAUCAUAUAUUUUUAAGAGAAAGUUGUGUAAAUAGUUUUAUAGGAUGGAAGUGCAGAGCUACAGAUCAUAAGUAUCUACCAUGGCCGCUUUAUUAAGCUAGAUUCAUCCUAACUCAAGCGUAUUUUUUUGGGGGGGAAACGAGGUAUCCCAAGUUUCCUCAAGACACAUGGCGCGAGGGGGGAUGAACCAAUCUUACAUGAGCAGUCAUGGUAGAUGCUUUUUUCCUACCUUGUUUAUUAAAUCAAAAAAUAGUAAAAAUCUAAUUUGUGGCUUGAACUUGUUGUGCGUAGUUCAAAAAAGUAGUUCCAUACGAGUACUUUUUUAUCUUUGAAUGUUGGCAAGAUAUUUCGAGCAUGGCCAAAUAUUUGGAUCUACAUAUCUGGGGUGGGAGGAAACUUGAUACUUUAAAUGUAUUACCAUUGUGUAAGUUUGUGAAGUGUAAUGGUUACAUUCAAUAAAUAAAGUUCAAUGGAGAAUGUUACAUUCAAUGGCAAACAUAAGUGUAUUUUACAUACAUGAUUCUACAUCGGUUUAUGGGUCAUGUUGAAAACAGUUGUACCUGAAACAGUCCUUCAUAGUAACGUAAUGCCAUUAUUGCAAUUUUUUAUUUGUGACAAUACAAACAAACGUUUUAUUUCACAUCCUAAUUAGCACAUUUUAAAUGACCCUUAUCUGAAGCUCUGGAAGUGCGUUCAUGCAUGAAAAAUGAAGUUGACUUGUAUUCCAAUGCGUCCGAAAUUUGGCUAUGAAUGAGAAAGCUGCAGUACGAGUAUGAGUAUGCAGUGUUCAAUGCCAUUAAGCAUAAUGAAAUUGUGUAUUUGUUCAAUGGCUUACCUUUUGUAUUGUUCAAAUUUAUAUUCAGUGAAUUUGACUUUGUUUGGUGCUUUUGUGUACUGCAUGUUUCAAAUAUUACACAAAAUUCCAGUAAUGUUAUUAUUGUUUCUGUACUUGUGCUCUUUGUGCAAUGAAAAAAAUAAAAUUUAAAAAUUCUUGUUCUUGUUACUUUAACUCUUCCAAUGAAUUUGCAUGUUACAAUUAAAUAUUUUUCAACAACCCUGUACUAUCAGUUGCCUUGAUGGCCUAGUGGUCUUGACUGCUGACAAUAAUUAUAAUACUUAAUGAAAUGGUAAACCCGGUUCAAUCCCUGUGAUCGCCAGAAUAUCUUUCUACGGGAAAGCAUCAGGUACCAUGGGGAACCAAUGAAACUGCCUCAAUUAUUCAUGAUAAUGAGAUUUUCAUAACCAAAUCGACCAGGGAUAUCUGACAAUGCUUGUCUGUAUACUAGAACACAUUUUUGACAUGGGUUGGGUAUUAUAUUUAUACAUGUACACAUGAACCCUGACAAACAGAAAAAAGGUCAAAGUAAAUUUGACGUAAUUGCGAAACAGGAAGACCGGGCCGAUUGUUCAGAACUAGGUUAAAAGUUAACAACGGGAUUAAUGACAUCAUUGUUAACUUG